UUUUUUUAAAUUAUUCUUGGUCAUCUACUAAGCUCAACGUAGACGUUCUCGUAAAAAAGGCUUUCGGUCUCUUUAAAAAAGAAAAAUUUACAAAACAUAUAACACAAGAAUUUUGAAGAUUGAGGAUUGAGGUUAUGGUCAAAGGCUUCCUAGAAGAAUCAUAUAGUUCCGUAUUUCGAACGUUAGAAAGUGACACACCCACUUUUUAUAUUUUGUAAACAAACAAUGUCUCAAACUUUUUACAUUUUUAUAAAUUAAUUAAUAAUAAACGCAAAUAAAAUGGAAUUUCCUAGGAUAAAGAGGCUCCCGGAAAAUAUCGUGAUUCGUCUCGGAAACCGUCAGAUUUACGGAUGUCGCAAACACGGCACCCAAUUACACACGACCAGGCAAUUUUACCAGAACAUUUUUCCCAACUUUACAGUUAUAAAUGUGGAAAAACCACCGUGCUUUAUAAGGAAAUUCAGCCCCGAUGGUAAAUAUGCGAUCGCUUUCUCUGCGGACCAGAGCUCAUUGGAGGUGUAUUGGUAUCAAGGACCUGCCGCUGCAGCUGAUCUGCUGCGGAAGAUUGGAAAUCUCAAUAAACUGGAUGCUAAAACCCAGGAGGAAGUUAAGAGGAAAAUAUUUUUGAAAUUUUUCAAGUUAAAACAUCUGAUAAAUAUAACAACGAAUGAGCAACUAAACAGAGAAUGUAGCCUAUUUAGUGAUGACGGGCGUUAUGUGAUAAUAGGAUCAGCCUCGUACAUUCCAGAGGAAAUCCGACCCCAUUUUUAUGAGAUUUACACCAAUAAUGAGUCUGUUACUCCUACAAUGAGAUCUCCUUUGGAGGAUUAUACAUUGCAUUUAGUGGACUUACACCUAGGAAAGCUCUGUGAUAAAAGGCACUUUAAGGUAGACAAGAUAUUUUUGUCACACAAUCAAGGAUUGUACUUAUACAAAGAUACCUUGGCUGUUCUGUCAGUUCAACAUCAAAUGAUCCAUAUAUUCCAAAUUUUAGAUGGAAUGUUUGUUGACGUGAGAAAAAUUGGCAGGUUCUGCUAUGAAGAUGACUUAUAUUUAUAUAAUCUUGUUUACCCUAGUGAGAGGGCAUUUAAGGAUGUCUCCAUCAAUUCAUUGAAGCAUCGGCUCUUAACUUUUUUAUAUAAAAGGGCUUCAUCUAUUAGUAGUAACACUGGUGAUCCUACAGAAAUUCGAAAGUUUUACCUAUACUUUGAUAAUUUCCACUCAUUAAAAAUGUGGAAAAUGCAGCUUUUGGAUGAAAACCACCUGCUUAUAAAAUAUGCCAGCGAGGAAGUGGUCACAUUGAAACAAACUGAUGCGAAUAGUAGUGAGCCUCAAUUUUUAGUAGUGUACAAUAUCAUGGAUAGCAAAGUUAUUGCAGUUUAUGAAAAUAGUUCCUCGGAGCUGUUAAAACUUUAUGAAAAUUUUAGUGACUGUUUUAGGAAUGCUUGCCUACACAGUAACACACAGUUCACAUGCAAUCCAUCAAAUAAUUUGUAUGCUAGACUACAUCAGUCCAGAUAUAAACAUACUAUCAUGAUAGCCAAAUUUGGGGGGAAAUCUGAAGCAAUACGAAGGAUAUUAGCUCAUCUACCAAUAAGUGCCCAAUCUUAUACAACUUCUCCUUAUUUAGACUAUUCUCUGUUUGUUUAUGAUGAUAAGUGGAUUUCUGUAAUGGAGAGGCCCAAACCUUGCGGUGAACACCCUAUUAGAUUUAAUGCAACCAAUUCAGGUUAUCUAAAGUUUCGCCUAUAUGUGGAUAACCAUAAACAUUUGGUUUCAUCUGCCAGGCGACUUGUUGCAUUCACGUUUCAUCCGACCGAUCCAUUCGCGGUGUCGGUUCAAAGAACGAAUUCUGAAUAUAUUGUGAAUUUUCAUGUCAGAUUUGAUAACCAAGACAUAGAUUAUAAUCCAGAUGAUGACAGGGAUAACUGUAUAUGACCCAAGAUAUGGAUUGAGGAAAAUGAUUGUUCUUUAUUAUAAUGUUGGAACUGAUUGGGUAUAAAAGCGAUAAUUAGAAUUUGGUGCACCCUCCAAGCAUUAUUCUAUGGUAUAUGAAUGAAUCUGAAACUUUUUAUUAAAUCAAUGCAAUUUCAUAUUUUCACUAAUAAACUGCCAUUAAUAAACUUUAAGAUUUUAUUCUUCUAAAUACUGGUGUAUAGUUCCUGGUUAACAGCCAUCAUGUAAAUAAAAACUUUAUAUUUCUAUUUUUAUAACAUUUUUAAGAUAUGAUCCAAUAAACAUUGUCCAUCUUUGAA